UACUAGAAUUUCAACAUGGAUGUUAAAAUGAAUGCGUUGUUCUUCUGGAGCUGCUUUUCCGCUGUUCUGUUCCUUAACGCGCACGGAGACGUGAGCUAUUCUUUCCCGGAGGAGAUGAAACGAGGAUCAGUCAUUGGGAAUGUCGCCAAGGAUCUCGGGCUGCAGACGGGAGCGCUCACUAACAGGAGACCCCGCAUUGACACCGACGGGCCUGAAAAACGUUACUGCGAUGUAAACCUGAAUAACGGAGAGCUGAUUGUGGCCGACAGGAUUGACCGCGAGGGCCUUUGUGGUGAGAAGGCUUCGUGCAUCCUGAAACAGGAGCUCGUGCUGGAAAACCCUCUAGAGCUCCAUCGGGUCAGCCUUCAUAUUCAGGAUAUUAAUGAUAACGCGCCACAGUUUAAGGAGAAAAUUGUCAGUCUGGAGAUUCACGAAUUGGCAGCCAGAGGAGCUCGUUUUGUGCUGGAGGAGGCGCAUGAUGCAGAUGUAGGACAGAAUGCAGUUCAGCAGUACAGCCUUGAAAGGAACGAUCAUUUUAUUUUAGCUGUUGAUAGAAAUAACAUAGAGCUUGUUCUGGAUAAGGAGCUUGAUCGUGAAAAGUACAAGGAAAUAAAUGUGCUGCUGACAGCUUUAGAUGGAGGAUCUCCUCAGAGAUCAGGAACAGUAGUCAUUCAUGUCUCUGUGCUGGAUGCUAAUGAUAACGCCCCAGUGUUCAGUCAGGAGGUUUAUAAAGCCAGUCUGCCUGAAGACUCUCCUUUAGACACUCUAGUGGUCACAGUUAGUGCAGCUGAUGCUGAUGAGGGACUGAACGGAGAUGUGACUUAUGAUUUUGGUCAUGUGUCUGAUGAGGUCGUGAAAUUGUUUAGUAUCAACAGUAAAACUGGUGAAAUAUGCACCAUUGGUUCUGUUGAUUAUGAAAGUACUUCCUCAUAUGAAAUUCGUGUUAAAGCAAAGGAUGGUCUUGGGCUUUCAUCUUAUGCUAAAGUCAUCAUUUCUGUUACUGAUGUGAACGACAACGCCCCUGUCAUUAAUGUGAAAUCACUGACCACUCCCAUACCAGAAGACACCUCACCUGGUACAGAGGUGGGCAUCAUCAACGUGCAGGACAGAGACUCUGAGAAGAACCGACAGGUCCGCUGCUCCAUCCAGCAGAACGUUCCUUUUAAGUUGGUUCCUUCUAUCAAAAACUAUUAUUCUCUGGUGACCACAGGACAGCUGGACCGUGAACUAGUGUCUGAUUACAACAUUACAAUCAGUGCCACUGACGAGGGCUCUCCACCUCUGUCCUCCUCUAAAACUGUUCAGUUAUCUGUAGCUGACAUCAACGACAACCCACCUGUGUUUGAGGAGCAGUCCUACAGCGCUUAUGUGAGUGAAAAUAACAAACCUGGCUCCACUUUAUGUUCCGUUAGUGCUCGAGACCCGGACUGGAGACAAAACGGUACCGUGAUUUAUUCUCUGUUACCUGCUGAGGUGAACGGCGCGUCGGCGUCCUCCUAUCUAUCAGUUAACGGAGACACGGGGGUGAUCCAUGCUGUCAGGUCGUUUGAUUAUGAACAGCUGAGGAGUUUUAAAGUCCACGUGAUGGCCAGAGACAACGGUUCUCCUCCUCUCAGCAGCAACGUGACCGUGAGUGUGUUCGUAUCAGAUGUGAAUGACAACUCUCCUCAGAUACUGUACCCCGCCUCGGAGGGCAGCUCCUUCAUGACCGAGCUGGUCCCCAAAGCUGCACACGGAGGCUCUCUGGUGUCCAAAGUGAUAGCGGUGGACGCGGACUCUGGACAGAACGCCUGGCUGUCCUAUCAGAUAGUCAGAUCCACUGAUCCGGGACUUUUCACUAUCGGUGUGCACAGCGGAGAGAUCAGGACGCAGCGGGACAUUUCUGAAUCUGACAGCAUGAAACAGAACCUGAUUGUAGCAGUGAAAGAUAACGGACAGCCCUCUCUGUCUGCCACCUGUGCCAUGUAUUUACUGAUUUCUGAUAACUUGGCUGAGGUGCCAGAGCUGAAAGAUAUCUCUUAUGAUGACAAGAACUCCAAACUGACCUCGUAUCUGAUCAUUGCGCUGGUGUGUGUGUCCACCUUCUUCCUGACCUUCAUCAUCAUCGUCCUGGGUGUGAGGUUUUGUCGCAGGAGAAAGCCCAGACUGUUGUUUGAUGGAGCAGUGGCCAUUCCCGGAGCUUAUCUCCCUCCUAAUUACGCAGAUGUUGAUGGAACAGGAACUUUACGCAGCUCCUACAACUAUGACGCCUACCUGACAACAGGAUCUAGAACCAGUGACUUUAAGUUUGUGUCAUCUUACAAUGACAACACGCUGCCUGCUGACCAGACUCUGAAGAAAAGUCCCUCUGAGUUUGUUGAUGUGUUUGGAGACUCUGAUUCUUCCCCAGAGGUACGAGUCCUUUUUUAUUCAAUAGCGUUUAACAGCAAAUCAUGAAGUACCUUAUAGAGUAUAUAUACCAUAUUUCUCUGUAGUCUAUGCCACUGAACAAAAAUGACAAAGAAAGUCCAUAAAACAGCUUAAAGACAAAAUCAAAAACAUGAUUAUAAUAGGAACAAACAUAAUGCUGAAAUGUAAUAAGACGGCAAGAACAAUUUUAAUGAAAUUAGCUCAGAAUUGUUAUUUAAAAGGCGGAGCAUCUGCGAUAAAUCUGAGCUCAGGUUUUUUCAUCGUGGUCUUCUGUAUUGUUAAAGCUAGAAUGCUAGGUACCGUAGCUUUUAGGGGUUUAAUGGCUAGUGCCCCUGUUUUUGUCUCGGCAAUCCGGAAAAACAGCUUCAGAACCUGAGAGGAUUUGGAAAUUUACACUGUAAAACAGAUUUGCCUCACCCAGAAUGUGUCAUCGGACGAGAUUAGAACACGAGGGUGAUCAGGUCUCGGCGGCAGGAUUAGCUACGGCGAACGUCGGCAGUUUAGAGCUUUCUCUAUUACCAGUUGCACCAAACAAACACACAUAAGAGACAAAUGAGUACAAAAAAAACACAUUCACUCCCUUUUGAAGGUAAAACAGUCUUGCUAGCACAAACUUUGCAGACUUGGUUAUGUGAGAGAUGAGUCAGCGCUUUGAAAAGAUAUGGAUUAGGAGACAGGAGGCCCCGACUGUUUCAGCAAAACAAAACACAGCAAAAGAGAUUUUAACUGUAAAUAUGUGAACUAACAGAAGUGUCAUGAUUUGAAACGACUGGACUUCCUUGCCAUUAAAUAUGUAGCUUAAAGGACUGGCUACUUAAAUAAUAAAUUAUAAACAAGAUGUGAUUUUCCAUCUAAAUAUGAAACAUCAGACUGAUUGGUCUUUGAAUUUUUAAUUUGGUAUUCCUUUAGGUUCUUUGACGAUUCAGGGAACAUACACUCUUCAUAUUAAUUCAGACAGAGUCAAGAAUAUAGUUUAUAAAAAUUAGUUUAAUUAUAUUUUCCUAAAUUGUUGUACGUGACAAAGUAUGAAUGAAAUGACAGUUGUCUAGAUCACAGAUGAUGGAUGGAAUGAUGAAAUGUGAUCUACUGUAGAUGUUUGACCAAAGCCUUCCUUAAGUAUCUGAGAGAGAUUGGGGAGUCUGGGUGGUAAAAUCAGUUUGGCUGUAUGGUUUCAUAAGCUAGAGAUAUGUUUAUAAAGCAAUCUGAUGCAGUUUGUGCCGGUCUACACACCCUUGUGUGAAGAUCCCCAAGUGAUCCAGGGGGUCAAGAGGUCGAGAUGGACAAUGCCGAUGGCGAGGGCCUCUUGUACCUGAGCUCAAGGCCAGCUCAGAAUUUGACCCUUCUAGUCUGAGUUAUCUUCAGGUGACAGCAGGAAGCUGCAGUGUUUGCAUCUAAGGCUGUUCAGUGGCUCUUAAAAGAGCCGUUGUGUCUGAAAACACUCGCAAGUGUUGCAGAGAGGCUUUAACCUUGAGGUCAAAAGACAGGAUGUUCUUACAAUGCUUGUUCACCCGAUUGGCCUUAUUGAGUGAACAUCAAAUACUGAAUAGAUGAGGAAGUGUUCUCACUUUUAUUAACUUUUGUUUAUAAACUUAGACAAAUCAGAACUGGACACAUUUGAAAGGCAUUACCAAAAUACCUCAGAAAUCACACCUUCACUCAGAUAUUCAGAGGUUAACUCUUAGUGUGAAGUGCAAAUGUUAUAACAGUUAUGUGAAGUGAAUGUUAACCUUAAUACUGGUCUUAUGAUGUAUGAGUAUAUUGAUAGAUUAACUUCUUAAAUCAACAAAUACUGAUCUGGUGUGGUUUAAGAUCUGAAAUGAAUCAUUACAAGAAAAAUAUUCACAUUAACAAAUCAUUGAUUGAUGAAUACAUCAUUCAAACACUGGGAUUUAAGAAGCGAUGAUUAUAUGACACUUAUGCAAUUAUCAGGUUUUAAAAAGUCAUUAAUGAAUCAAGGAAAAUGAACUUUAUUCAGAGUGAAGAGGUCUUGUCUUCUUGAGCAAAGAUUUUAUGGUCUCCUUGUUCGGUAACAAGGUCUUGUGCAGUGCUUUCCUGUUUGGAGGCCAGACAGAUGGAGUGUUUGUGUCUGCAAAUUAAAAAGUUAAUUUCUGGUCAUUGGUGAUGUAAAUACUGGCCUUUAGGUACACCACAAGUGGUAGUCUGUUUGCAGCAGAGCAGCUGCCUGCUGUACUCCCCAUGGUAGAAAACCUUUCGGGAUGGACAGGUGUGUGGAGGAUGAAGAUUUAGGCGUGUGUGGGGGGUAUUAACAAGAAGAAGGUCAGAAACACGAGAUGCAAGGUUGUCUAUGACCUAAAAUGUCAAUUAAAGAGGUUUAUAAUUACCUGCAAAACACGAACAAAGUGAACUGAUGGGAAAAGUUCUUAUGAAGAUUGGGCAACAGAUCAAGGCAAGAAAUGACA